GGCCUAGUUGCUGGGGGAAUCAAGAUAUCUAGAAGUUGAUUCUUUUGAAGCAGUCAGUCGUGGUUAAUCCGGUUUCAGACUAGGCGAACUUGAAGACGCUCUUAGUGAAGUCUUCUUCCCGGUCUUUCGGGUUCUGUUCUUUGAAGAAAGUGUACGCACAGUGCGCUCCGAAUUGAUUCGAGAAAUUGGAAAAAACUAGGAACAUGUUGGAGCUACGAAAACUUUCGCCUGCAUUGCAAAAGAAGGCAAACGCGGAAUUGAAUGAAAGCGACGACCGCAUUAAAGAUGACGUUGCAGCCCUCCGUGAAUGGCUUGCAAAGCAACCGCAUAUAAACGCUCGAGAUGAUGAGCAGUUCCUUAUAAACUUCCUCCGAGGGUGUAAAUAUAGCGUGGAAAAGACCAAACAAAAAUUAGACAUAUAUUAUACUGCUCGUUCGCAACUGCCGAAAUAUUUUAAAAAUCGAAACGUUGACUCACCACACACCCAAAAGCUGAUUAAAAUGGGUUUUAUAGUUCCAUUACCAACCCCUGAUGGAGAAGAUGGUCCUCGAAUCGUAUUAGUUCGACCAGGUUGUUUUGAUCCAAGUGAAUACACUGUUCAGGAUAUGAUGGCAGCCUUAACAGUAACCUCAGAUUACGCUAAUUUGAUGGACGACCAUAUUUUCGUAGCUGGCUAUAAAGUGGUGAUAGAUGCGGCUGGUGUUAAAACGGGUCAUGUGCUGCAGUAUGAUCCAAUGUUCAUGAAGCAGAUGGUAAAUUUCUAUCAAAAUGGAUGUGCCGGACGAUUUCAAGGAGCGUAUUUCCUCAACCUUCCAGGCGGCCUCGACACAUUCAUAAAUUUUGGAAAAUCAUUGUUGAACGAAAAAAAUAAAACCAAGAUAAAUAUUCUUGGAAGUGAUUUUCGGUUACUUUAUGAGCAUAUACCGAAAAACUUAUUACCAUCAGAAUAUGGCGGUGACGCUGGCACAGUUGAAGAAAUUAUGACAAAUUUAAUAAAACGAGUAAAAGAAAUGGAGGUUAUAAUCAAAGAAGAGGAGGACUUUGGGGUUGACGAAAGUAAACGAGGUUCUGAUUCAAAAAAUAUCGACGGUUUGUUUGGAAGUGUUGGGACUUUUAGAUCACUAAAUUUGGAUUGAUGGAGCAAUCAAUCAAUUACUUGGUUUAGGUUUGUAAAAUGUACUUUGUCUGAAAAAUAUAUACAAAAUAAAGUCAUUAUUGGAAUCAAA